GGGGGGAGACAGAGGGAGAACAUGAGCAAACAGGUAGGGAGGGACAACGGCUUGUAAAGAACAGGACACCUGGGUGGCCGCAGCAGCGCAGAGGUGAGAUACUGCUGAGAUACUCAACAACAGCCCAAACAAGAGGGCUUCAGACGGACAGGUGUUGUAGUGGCGUUUCCCUCACACGAAGCAGGAUGGAGGGGGACACGGGUGAUGAUAGUCAGAGUGACAGUGGACUGUCAGCGGACUUCUCCCCAGGCAGCACAAUGGAGUCCCAAGGGACUAUCGCGACAGAGACGCCCAUUGAGAGGGAGAUCCGGCGGGCCGUAGCGCGAGAACAGAGCCUGAGGAGAGCCAGGGGACUGCCGAACCAGCCCGUCUCUCCGGAGUACGUAGAGAUCCCUCUGAGGAAAACCGUCCUCCACCAGUCCCAGGCGUCCAAGUCUCAGUGGUCUCAAGCCAAAGACAGGGAGUUCGCGGGCAAGAAGAUGCAGCACGAGAUCCGCGAGGAAACCCAAAGGGAGCAGGCGUUGGUCAAGAUCGGGAAGAUCCCUGGCUUUUACGACAAAGGGACAGUCCGCCAAAUAAAGGAGAAAAAGAAGCUCUUCGAGGCCUUUCAGACACCGUGCGAUUCCCCUAUUUUGACGCCGUCCAAGAGUAAGUCUCUCUCGUGCUCCUCUGAUAAUAUCGAUGUUUCGAGUUUGGACAACCAAGAGGACACCAGAUCUACCUUGGAGGAGUCGUAUGUGAAGAGGAGGCGCAGCUUAGAUCUGCUAAAGACCCAAAACUCCACCAAAGGUGUUACAGACUCAGCCGUCAGAGGGCCGGGUUGUCGGGUCAUCAUCCUCGAGAACAACCUCAGCGUCCCUAAAGUUAAAACAAAACCCGAAGCCGUCACCGCCGUGGACUCGGCUAGUCCUCACACUUCAUUAGGCAAGACGGGAGGACAGAACGGACUGGUGAACAGAGAGGAGGUGAAGCAGGAGGAGGCCGCAUCCAAGGAGAAUCCCUUUUUCAAGCUACGCUCCUCGACCAAUUUAGCGAAAGUCCAGCAGGAUAUCCUGGAGGCCCAAGAGAGGGAGAAGGAGCUUCACAACCAGCGGGUCAGCCUGUACCGAGGGAACGACGGUGCAAAAGAAGGAGGGGGAGGCCGAUCAAUCAGCGUGGAAGAAAAAAGUUCAACGCCAUCUCCUUCAAGAAAAACAAGUGUUCCUGACGCACCUACAUCCAGAGCGCCUCAGUCAGUUGGAAAGUUGGGUGCGUGGCCCCCGGCCCCGGCUCAGGAGGAGGACUUUGACCGGACAGAGGUUCUCCAGCUCCCCCGGACCCCCAGACAGAAAACUCCCCUGGUGCAGCGCUGGGAGUCGGGCCAAGUCAACGGAUGCAACCUGGAAGAGGACUGAAAAACCAGGGGAUUUUCACAGAAAUCUGUGUUUUUUUUUUCUUUUUUAAAGUUAGGGGCCGAAUAUAAAACAAAAGGAACUGCUUAAAGACACGGAGAAGAAGAAUGAUGAAAAAGGCCAGGGAGGAUGUCAGUCAGGAGGGCUGAGAGGAGGAAGGAUAACUGUGAAGAGGAGCGAAAGAUAGAUGAGAAGCCAAGCGACGACGUGGAAAGCCGGCGGUCGGCCCUGCUUCUGACGUCGCAGACUUUGAGAAUGCAUACAUUUAUUAAACAAGAAGAAUACUCCGCGACAGAAGAGAUAAAUGUUUAAAAUGUUAUCUUUGCUAUUUCCUUACAAUGUUAAUGUGCCAUGUCCUGAUGGCAGCGACCAAGACUCAUCUGACGACUUUGGAGGAGUUUUACUGUAACGACUUGCAGGAAAUGAUUGUUCCUGAUGAUGCUGAUGAUGCUGAUGAUGCUGAUGUUGUCACCACGCAUAACACAAGUUGUCCUUUUUGAUACUGUUCACCA